CCAUGAUGACCCCAAAGCGCAAUACUGACUGGCAUUUACGAAAAGUAGAGUUGUUCGUUCUGGAUCUAGGUCCUGCUGCUCGUUCCAAUGCGUCGACUCCGCUGUAGCCGGGAGAGGUUUGAGCUUCUUUGACGCGUGCCAUCCGUAUAAACACCUCAAAAUUGACGCUGACAGCUUUCCCAUGUCUACCACAAACUCUGCAGUAUGCAGUUUUUUUCUCCAAGGAAAUUGCAAGCUCGGAGACCGCUGUAGGAAACAACAUUCAGGUGGAACUUCUGAACUACAGAAUAGUGCCUAUAAUAAUACUGAAAACAAAAGGGCGAAACGACGAGGUCGUGCGUCCAAGAAACCUGUUCUUUCGAGUGCUACUGGCUCUAAUCAGCGCAUUCUUCCCAUUGUCGAUGCGCAACCAAGUCCCAGCUCAACGAAAUUGUCACAAUAUCGCGACGUGAAUGGCAGGACACCCUAUCCUCUGUGGCAGCGCGGAGACCCGGACUGUGUACAAGGAAUACGAUGCAGAUUUACCCAUGAUCUCGAGGCCCCCAACACUUCAGUUGACCUCGUCCACCAACGGGAGGUCCAUACUCCUGGGGUCCAGAAAGUUAUCGAACUUCAAAGACGUGUUGAGAUUGAAAGACUUCGAUUGCUUGAGACUGAAAGGACGCAUCAGAAUGAGCUUGAAAUAGAACAGGCAAGUUUGGCUCUCGAAGCUGAAGAACGAAGGAAGGAAGAGGAGCGACAGCGCCAUGAGGAUGCCAGGUGCAAGGUAGACGAGGAGCGUCAGCGAAAGAUAGAACAAAGACGACGCAAAGAAGAGCAGAAACGUCAGCGGGAGGAGGAAGCAAGACGACGCAGAGAGGAGGUGUGGAGAAGGCGAGAGGCAGAGCAACGUAAACUGAAAGAAGAACAGCGCAAAAUGGAGGAAGAGCAUCGCAGAAGAGAGGAGGAAGCAAAACAACGGCAGGAAGAGGCCCGGCAAAGGAGAGAAGAAGAACGACGUCGAUGUGAAGAACAACGACGUUGUCAAGAGGAGGAACAGCGGCGUGUCGACCAGCAGCGUCGUGUUACUGAUGCUCAGGUCACUAUGCAGCGCGUCGUCCUCGCCGGUUCCAUCGUCACGUUCAGCUCGGGACUCGCAAUCGAGAACACCAUUACCGGCUUUGAAUCCUGCAGAGUCCGCGUCAAAAAUAUCCCUCCCGACGCCUGCCGGCAAGAAAUUAUAGCCUUGUUUACCCAACAGGGUCUUGAUAUGUCCGAGUUUCAUGUCAUAUCUGUCAAAGACACCCCCGGGAAGCAUGGGAAGAAGGAAGCAGAUAUCAUCACGAACGCUGAUGUUGCACAAUCAUUAGCUGUUGGUCUCGAAGGUCUCGAAUUCAGAGAUGAGAGGUUGGAGUUCGAAGUCGGGAUGUUCAAUGCACCCGGUGCCAUGGGUGCUCUGACCUCAAGGGAUGAAAACACAUUGACGAUCUCGUGCCGCGCACCUUCUGUUCGAUAUGUCGUCGAAUAUCCUGACAUUGCUUUCUGUCACACCAAAGUGAGGGAGCUCGACGGUCGUAUAUGUGCCGGGCGGCGGGUGAAGGUGGAAAUGAACCAAGCCCCCCCAGGGCGUGUUUUACCCAGCUUCCGACCAAACAGUAUCAAGAUAAACAACCUGCCUGAUGUUGUUCCUCCCUCUGUUGUGGCUGACUUUGCCCAGUCUCACUCAAUUCGCGCUCUUAAACCUCAUAGCUUCGACGUCGAUUCAGCGAUUCGUUCUUUACAGCUGCACAUCAAUCAGCUAGAGGGCAUUGAAGCACAAUCUUUCGAUGUUACCUCCCGCGGUGAGAAUGAAAUUGGGGUACUUUCAAUUCGCGUUCGCUUCAACUCAUGGGAUGAUGCUAAGAAGGUUCACGAUACUCUCCUCAACCGUCGUUUCAGUUUUAUCUGCAACUCCAUAUUUUGGCUCCGAAUCCCCCCUCAAGCACUUUACAUCAUUACUAUACCAUCCGGACAAUAUCGUGCCCAAGAAACCCUUUGGAGCGAGCUCCAGGGGAACACCAAAGAUUGUAAAGCCUGUAACAUCAUUAUACGCGAGCUCAACGGCGGGAAUUAUCGCAUCCAAGUAUCAGGGAUGAUCAAGGCUGCCGUUGGUGCACUUAAAGUCCGUGUUGAAAGCCUAGCUGCCGGGGAAAAGAUCGACCGUUGGCACGACCAUUUAGCUUACCCUCAGGCCGAGCUGAUGCAGAAAAUCACUGAGGUGGGCGCUUUCUUACGCUCAGAUUCUCAGAAGCGGACGCUCAAGCUGUACGGACUGCCGGAGGCGGUAGAAAAAGCCAAGGCCGUUGUGAUGGAAGAGUUGGAGCGUCUUGCGUCUCUGGAAUUUACUGUAACGUUGCGACGUUCCUCGGUUGGAUAUUUUGUACGCACUGGUCUUGCAGCGAUGAAAGAAAUUUUCGGUGAGGACAACGUAGCGCUGGAUAUUCGUUCUGCCGUCAUCAUGGUUAGAGGAGGUGAGGAGGUUCGACUUCAUCUUAACAAUCACAUCACCGAAUCCCUCAAGUCCGUCAAUGUGAAUGUCGCGGCCGGAUCCCAUACCUGUCCUAUAUGUUACGAUGACGUCUUGACGCCGUUUCAAUUGGUAUGCGAACAUGUGUAUUGCACAGGCUGUAUCCGCCACUUCCUCACUUCUGCCUCCGAAGCCGGGACUUUCCCACUCGUAUGCAUGGGGAACGAAUCGACGUGCGGGACACCCAUCUCCAUCCCCGUCAUUCAAAAGUUCCUUCCACCAACUGCUUUCGACCAUCUCCUAGAAGCUGUUUUCACGACGCAUGUUGACAAACGUCCGCAGGAAUUCAGGUACUGCAAGACACCAGAUUGCACGCAGAUAUACCGCAGGUCGGAAGCGGUGUCCAUUUUACGAUGCCCAUCUUGUUUCUCCGAGACGUGUUCUUCGUGUGGCGAGGAUUCGCAUGAAAGAUUGAGCUGUGAAGAUGCUCGCAUUCAUAAUAAUCCAGCGGAGCAGGAACGAAUGAGCGAGGCAUGGCUUUUGCAACAACGUGGCAUCAAGAAAUGCCCGACAUGCUCACGCCUACUGGAGAAGACGGAAGGGUGUAAUCAUAUGUCGUGCCCAUGCGGAGCUCAUAUUUGCUGGCGUUGCAUGGGAGUUUUCGAUGCCGACAAAAUCUAUGACCACAUGAGUACCGCGCAUGGAGGUAUAUUUGGUGAUGAGCCUGCUCCGGCCCCUGCUCGACCUCAGACCGCUUUACUACACCAAAACCCAGACGCUUUUCGAGGAAUCGAUUACCUUGAACAGGUUCGGCUUCUUAACGAGGUAGAAGCUCGCUGGGUUGCGCAAGAGCAAUAUGAUCAUGAACGAAGGGAGCAGGAUAGAAAUGCCGCUCAUCACGCAGAAGCUAUGGAACGGUGGAGGCGGGAACAGGCUGACCGGGAACGAGAGCUGAGGUUGGAGCGAGAGGCACGGUGGAGGAGGCAACAAGCUGAACAACAAAGAAGAGAACAGGAAGAGGCUGAUCGCUUGUAUCGAGAGCAGGUCAAUCGAUGGCGCACAGAUGAGAACGACAGGUCUCGACAAGGUACACCAGGGCGACAAACCCAUUGGCAGCAGCAGCCUCCUCAGCCAAUACGCCAAGACCAAGGAUCGUGGUGCGUGGUGAUGUAAAGGGGAGUUCAGCUUUCUUGUGUAGGAUGUAAAUCGGAGGCUACGGUGAUGUAGUGAUGUUCUCGUCCUUGCUACGAAUACGACUUUGUAACUGAUUCAAAUAUAUCUAAUAUUGCGUGCG